CCGCUUAAACAUCCGUGUUCUAGAAGCCAGAACUAGCGCUGGACUUCAACCAGCUUUCUUAUUACCGUAUACCGUCCAAAUGAAUUAGAUGGAGGGCAGGUAAAACUGACUCCAGAACAGAUACUACUUUUUUUUUUUUUUUUUCCGGUUGUGUGUACGGAACUGAAUGCGACGGUGUAGCGUCUAAAUGUGAGCACUAUUCUGCGUUAUUGCAAGAUUUACGGCCGAGCAUGAUGUCUGAGGGCAGUUCAUUUAUGAAAGGCAUGAUCCUAGGGGGCAUAUUCUGCCUGGUGAUGUCUUUCUUUGAGACCUUUAAUUCAGGAACCCACUCAGAAGGUCAUGAGCAUCUCCACCAUCAUCUGAAACCUGUCAGCAAAGAUGAACUACAGAAGCUAUCAGAGUCUCAGAUGUCUGACUGGACCCUGCAGGUUCGAGUGUACUGUCUCAUCAUGGUCACUCCCAAGCUCCUGGUCCACUGGGCGACAGCCAACGACACUUGGAGCAAACACUGCGACAAAUCUGUCUUCUACACGUCUGAAUCGUCCAAAGCGCUAGAGGCGGUUGACCUACAGGAGCAGGAUGAGUGGGCUAGGCUACGCAAAGCCAUCAAACACGCCUACGAGAAUGCUGGAGACCUGCGCUGGUUCUUCGUGGCCCGGCCCACCACGUUCGCAAUUAUAGAGAACCUCAAGUAUUUGGUGUUGGAUAAAGAUCCAAGCCAGCCGUUUUACAUUGGCCACACGGAAAAGUCCGGAGAGCUUGAUUACGUGGAGUAUGACAGCGGGAUCGUGCUGAGCUAUGAAGCAAUGAGGAGGCUGAUAGGGAUGUUCAAAGAUGAGGACCGAUGCCCAGAGCGAGGACAUGCCUUGUGGAAGACCCCUGAAGAAAAGCAGCUUGCCACCUGUCUGAAAUACAGUGGGGUGUUUGCUGAAAACGGAGAGGAUGCGCAAGGCAAAGGACUUUUUAACAAGAAGAGCGUCAGCUCCUUGAUUUCUGACAGCAUGGGCCAAAACCCGGCCGAUGCCGUGGAGGCCUGUUGUUCGGACAUGGCCAUCACGUUCGCUGGCAUGUCUCCGAGCCAGAUGCAGGUUUUGAUGUAUGGCGUCUACAGGCUCCGGCCAUAUGGACAUGAUUUUCAUGACUCCUUGACAUUUCUGCCUCCUAAAGACUCUGAUAAUGACUGAUUGACUUCAUGGCUUCUGUUACUGUCACUCACAGAAUUGAGACGUUGAUCAUAACUGGGUGCAGGGCUGAGUCAGCUGUGAUGUGCAGUAUGUACUUAGCCAAUAUUGGAUAAUUUUGUGCACUUGAUAGUAUUUUGAAUAAAAAUUACACUAGAUGUAUGAAUGCCACACAUAUAUGGGGUUAGGAAUGAAAAUGAAGAACCUUUAGAUAAUUUUUCAAAUGUGUUUUGGAUGUAUGUUGUACUGAGGGGAUACAUGGCAUCUGUAUGGUAAACUGUCUAUAUCGCCCUUAAAAAUAUCAAACUAAUGUGGUUUGAAAGGUUAAUAUACAGUGGGGGAAAAAAGUAUUUAG